CCACAAAGCCAGCAUAAAAGCUUAUUUGUCUUUCAUUUCUCUUUAUUAUCAUAUUUCAUAAGGCAAGUAUGGCAUACUACCAGCAGUAUGAGAGCCCGAGAUACCCAAACGACUGUGAUGGUGGGUGUGGCCAACAGCAGAACUAUGGCUGUAAUCAGUCUGAGUAUAAUUACGGUGAGCAACAGAGGUACCACAGCCUUCCACGGGCAGAUUGUGAGGGUCUGCUCUAAGGCCAAUCCUGAUUAUGCUCUGGGUAUCAGAGAUGGCAGAGCUAUGCUUGUUUACUACAAUCCCAGUGACCCAACUCAGCAAUGGGUGAAAGAUAAGUCAUGGAGCAACCGUGUGAGGGACGCAGUGGGUCACCCAGCCUUUGAACUUGUGAACAAGGCCACUGGGCAGGCCCUUCGUCAUGCCCCUGCUGCAUGUCAGGAGGUAUUGCUGACCAAGUAUGAGGGUGGUUCCUAUGAUGAGAGUGUGCUGUGGAGUGAGAGUGAGGACAUGGGAUAUGGGUACAAGACCAUAAGGAUGGCAAAUGACAUUGGCCUCAACUUGGAUGCAUUCCAGGGUGACAGGAAGCAUGGAGGCAUCCAAGAGGGCACCAGAGUUGUGCUGUGGAAGUGGAACAAGCAGGACAACCAACUCUGGAAGAUUUCCCCCUGCUAUUAGAAGAACCAUCAUCCUGCAAGCCAUAUAUAGAUAUAAAUAAAUAAGGAUCAUCCUGCAAGCCAUAUAUAGAUAUAAAUAAAUAAGGAUCUUAAUGUUGUCGGUAUUCUUAGGCUUGUGUGGAGUCGAGAACUUUAUGUGGGUUGUAUGGUUGUUCUAUAGUUUAUGAUAUAUAGUUUUUAUUAAAUGUUA